AUGGCUGAGAUGGAGAAAGAUGAUGAAAAUGGUGUCGACCUCUUUCCUGACAAGUACUUCCAAUUGGUAUUAAAAAAAAAUAGGAGAAAUAGAGAAGCCCUAACUUUAAGCAAUACUAGACCAAGGUUAGAUUUCAAACUCUUUGCUGUUAAUAAUAGGGAUAUCUUAUUGCCUAACAUAUGGUUCUUUUGUAAAUAUAAUCUUGAGCCCUCUAUUGUUAAUAUUGAUGAUCAACAUAUAAAUUUCACCAUUGAUUCUCACAACACCACUUUAGGUUUCUCUGUAAUUUAUGCUUCUACUAGCUAUGUUCAUAGAAGAUAUCUUAAGGAUUGCCUUAAGGUUUGGAACAAGCUCACUUUUGGGAAUGUUCAUGAUUCUGUUAGCUUGGCUGAAGGUUACUCUGAUUUUUUGCAGGAAAGGGAAACUAAAGCUCAGCUUGAUUUUGAAAAGGCUUUAUACAUGGAAGGGGAGCUUUGGAGGGAGAAGUCUCGAAUAAAUUGGCACUUGCAAGAAAAGCACAUAGAAAACCAUUUUAAGAAUCUUUUUAACUGUGAUUUUGUGGAUAAUGAUUAUGACUUGAUUCAAAGAGUUAUUCCUUAUCUUGUUAAUGAGCAAAUGAAUGAUAGGUUGCUGAAUUUACCUAGCCCUGAGGAGAUUCACAGUGUUGUGCUUAACCUUAACAUUGACUCAGCCCUUAACCCUGAUGGAUUUGGAGCAAUCUUCUUUUCCAUGUUUUGGGAGAUAAUCAAACUUGAUGUUAUUAACGAUGUCAACCAAUUUUUAUUACGAGAGUGGAUCCUUCCCAAUCUUAGUGCUAACAAUCUAAUUAUGCUGCCUAAGUUUAAGGAUGCUAGUAGCAUUAGCCAUUAUAGACCAAUUGCUAUAGCUAACGUUAAAUACAAGAUAAUUUCGAAAAUCCUAGCUGACAGGUUAUCCUCCAUUCUCCCUACUUUAAUCUCUCCUGAGCAAAAAGGAUUCAUAGCUGGCAGAAACAUUAAGGAUGACAUAUGCCUUACAUCUGAAACCAUAAAUCUUCUUGGAAAUAAAAGCUUUAGUGGGAAUGUUGCCCUCAAAAUAGACAUUACUAAAGCUUUUGACUCCUUGAAUUGGAACUUCAUUUUUAAAACUCUAACUACUUUUGUCUUCUAUUCUAAAUUUUUUUCUUGGAUUCACACUCUUCUCAAUUCUGCUAACCUUUCUAUUGGCUUAAAUGGUAAUCAGGGGCAUGUUAAAUCUCUAACUUCCAUUUCUAAGCUGCUGAAGGACUAUGCCUUUUGUUCUAGCCAAAUUUGCAACUCUAAUAAAUCUAUCAUUUAUGCAGGAGGAAUGGCCCAAGAUAGACAUAACAGACUGGCUGCUAUCAUUGGAUUCUCUAUAGAUUAUCCUCCCUUUGUAUACCUUGGUGUUCCUAUAUUUAUAGGUAAGCCAAAAUCUAAGCACUUAUCUUUUCUUGCAGAUAAUAUUAAGAUCAAGCUAGCGUCUUGGAAGGUUAAAAUGCUUUCAAUGGCCGGAAGACUCAUGUUGGUUAAGUCUGUUAUUCAUAGUAUGAUGGUGCACUGCAUCAGCAUUUACAACUUGCCAUCCACUAUCAUUAGCAAUAUUGAGCGAUGGAUGCGUAACUUUAUCUAG